GUAAUAUUAACUAUUGUUAUUGACAAAUGCGACGAAACCCAAAUUCCCGUUCAAAAUGAAUGGGCUGUUGAUAGUUUUUCUAUUUCUUCAAUAUAUCUCCAUUAUAGAUGCUUUCUACGAUUGUCCCCGCCCGUUGUGUGAGAUAUGCCUCCCUGCGCAGAUUCACGAUGCCCCCGGGAUCGGUUUUGACCUGACUCCCUCAUACGGAACAGCCUCAGUACACUACUAUAACGGAACUGUCGUUGAACUAGCCUAUAUCCAUGGAAAUCCCGAGUACCUUGAGCUUAUGAUGCGACUUGCAGGCGACCCCAGGCCACGGUUAGACAGAACCAAGAAAUUUCUCUAUGACACUAUCCUUCCCCGAUUCUCUCUAUCUGACACUACUUCAUGGGGCGCUUGCUGGCGUUGGCUUAACAAGAAGCUCGGUCGUCCGAUCAAAGCAUACAGCGAUGUCGAAAUCAUCAGCAAAUUACUCCAAGAACUGAAAGUUUCCACCGAAAAAGAAAUAUCUCAGCCACUUGAUAGGGUGGCGGUUGCAACCCCUGAUAUCAGCUCUAUUAGUUCAAUAGUUAACGCUGCACUCGAGGACUUGGAUUUACGGACAUGGGUAGGCGACAGCGGCUUUUACCCGCAACGCUUAGUGGAGGCCGAUGCUGUUUAUGCAGCAAACGGAUAUGGACUGUGUGCAAACUAUGAGGAUCUUUGGGAAUGCACAGACGAGUUUUAUAAUUCGCCCAAUGCCCAUGUUUUCUAUGUCUUCUACAGUCGGCAUCUUCUAUACACUAGCAUUAUAGCCCCUAUCAAUGGCGAGGCUUUAUCUCGGUUUAAUACGGAUGAAGCGCAAGUUCUGGAUUUUGAAGUCGGGCUAGAUAAUCUUGUCCAGACAGACGAGUCCCAGGGUACACCAUGGUCCCGCCUUCGUUCGCAACUAUUGGCCCUUCCUCGAGAAUACCCAUAUCCUCUUACUCAUAUUCUUCUGGCUGGGGAGAGUGCCACUCACCCGCGCUUUCUAGCUACUUUGAGAGAUGCUCUGUCUGAAAUGGUUCAUAUGUCGCCUGUGAAUCUUCAAACACACUUUCGAGACCAUGCAGAUGCUGCUAUUGUGCCCAGAAUCAUUAAUCCAAUAUUUGUAGCCUCUCGAGGUGCAGCACUAUAUGCCCGAAGACGACAAGAGGUACAGGCCCACUGCACAGAGCCCUAUGAAUGCGAAGCGAUAAGGAAAAGAGAGCGAGUACGUCUUCUCUGAAGGAUGACUGGCGUUAGAAUAAGUUAUAGGCCCCUUUUCUCUACAUUAUCUUAGACGCGAUAUGUAAAUUACUACCAUUUUUAACUAUAUCCCCCUCCCUUUUACUACUAUUAUCCUAUCUACGCAUGAGAUUUUAAAGGGGGGUAGGAGCUACUGAGCUAAUCAGACGGGUGUUCGAACGAGCAUCGAAUUCAAAGUGGAGCAGGAGCUACUGAGCUCAGCAGAUAAAGUCCUAAAACGAGGAUCGAAUUCAAAGAGGAACAGGAGCUGCUAUAGUUUGAUAGACUGUCG